AUGAUUAAUAGUAACAUAAUAUUUUUAUUUUUUUAUCAUGUGUCCUUGUGCAUAUUAGGAUGUCUAUUUUUUGAAAAUUUUUUAUUUAAAGAUUUCGAUAAUAGUUUCAGUUUAGUAAAAAUAAUAUUUUGUUGUUCAUUUGUUUUAUGCUUAUCUCUUCUUUCUAUGAUAUUAUUUGAGAUAACCGGUUUUAUAGCCACAAGAUUACAAUUAUUUAUAUGGUAUAUAGAUAUAAGUCUUAUGAUAUUAUUUAUUUAUAUAAUAAUUCCUAUAAGUUUAAUAUAUACAUAUGUAACAUAUGAAGAUGAAAAGACAUCAAAUAGUUUGUUCAAGUUUCAAUAUUUUUAUACCACAUUAAUUAAAAUAAAUAAUAAAAAGAAAAAAAAAAAGUUCCAUUCACCAAAUGAAGAAGAUAAAAAAGAAAGGGAAAGAGAAAAAAAUCAAGAUAAAGGACAAGAAAAAAAUCAAGAUAAAGGACAAGAAAAAAAUCAAGAUAAAGGACAAGAAAAAAAUCAAGAUAAAGGACAAGAAAAAUGUCACGAUAAAGGACAAGAAAAAUAUCACGAUAAAGGACAAGAAAAAUAUCAUGAUAAAGAACAAGAAAAAACACAUUUUAUGAAAAGGCUACUUUAUGUAAGUGAAGAUUUAAUUGAAAAGAUGAAAAAUUAUAAUUAUAAAAUAAAAUAUAAAAAUAAACAGAAAUUAUAUAAAUUUAUAUUUGGAUGUAUAUUUCUAUUACCUAUUAUAUGGUUUACAUUUUAUAAAAUAUCAAUGUUGACUUUAAAAAAUAAUAAAGAUAUAUAUGAUAAGUCAGAUAUAUAUAAUAUAGGUUCCAUACUAUUAGAUAAAUUUAAUGAAAUUAAUAAAGAAUUUGAAGAAGAAUAUAAUAUUAAUAAUCAUAAAAAUAAUUAUUUUUUCUUUUUUAAUUUUAUGAAAAAUCUAUUAACCUAUAUGUCUGUAACGGGCAUGACUAUCGUUAGUGCUCUUUCCGCAUUUACUAGUUUAUAUUCACCAUAUAGUAAUAUAAGUAACUUUUUUUUUUUUGUAAAUAUUAAAAAAGUUAAAGUUAUAGAGAAAAAAAUUAAGUUCAUAAAGCAAGAGUUGUCUUCAAAAAAAAAAAUACUCUUACUAUAUGAGUACCAUCCUCAUUUGCUAAAACCAUUUUAUGAAAAUCAAAAAAGGGAAUAUAAUAAUAUACAUAAUAAUAUGAGUUCUUAUAAAUAUAUUAAUCAUUCGAAUAAUUAUAAUAAUUAUAGAAACGAUAUAGAACUACAAAAUAUAAAUGAAUGUAGAAAUGUUUAUCAUAAUGAUGAUAAUACAACUAAUUGUAUGACAAGUUCUUUGAGAAGUUCUACUUCAAGGGGAAAUGAUAACAUAGAAAGUAAUAACAACAACAAUAAUAAUAAUAACAACAAUAAUAACAAUAAUAAUAAUAAUUAUUAUUAUUAUGUUAAUGUGAAUCAAAAUUUGAACCAUACAAAUAAUCUAAACACUCGUUAUUUUCAAAAUAAUAAGAUCUCUAUAAAUAAUUCCAAGAAUUCGUAUGAACAAUACUAUAACAACGUAAAUUCAUUCAAUAUGAAAAAUACGAUUUUGUGUAAUAAUGAAAAGGAUGGAAUACAUAGAACAUAUAAGAAUCAUCAAGUAAUGAAAAAUGAAGAUUAUGAAAACAAGGAUAAUAAUAAAAUAAACAGGGAGAAUAAAAAAGAGGAAAUUUUUUUUACAUCUUUUAAAAGUUAUAAAAAAUGUAAUUUAUAUUUAGGUAAUUAUAAAUCCAUUUAUAAAGAUAUAUAUGAAACAUUUAUUAAAAGAGAAAACAGUUUUAUUAGUUUGUUUAAUAUAACGGAAUUAUCACAAAGAAAAUCAAAUAAUAAUUUAUUAUAUAUCACUGAAAAAAUAAAUUGUGAAAAUUAUAGUAUGGAUGAUAUUAUUAUUGUAAAUGGAAUUAAAAAUAAAUGUAAAAAACAAAAUAAUAAACAAAUAAAAUCAUAUAAGAAUAAUGAUUUAGAACAGAAAGAUACAAGUUGUAUAGAUGAAUAUAAUCAAGAUGAUUGUUUUAUAAAUAUAUUUUCUAAUAAUCAUAUAAAAAAUUAUUCAUAUAUAAGAAAUAGUAAACAAAAUUCAUUUAAUCAAAAAUGUGUCUUAUCAUCAUUCAAUCAAAAUAUAAAUAGUAAUAAUUCUUUAUAUAAAAGAAAUAUAAAAUCAUCAAAUGAUUUAUUAGAUGAUACACAUAUGGAAUAUCAAAAAAAAUUUCAUUUUUUUAAAACAAAAGAACAAAAUAUAUCUUUGGAAAAUAAAGUAACGGAUGAUUAUAGGAGGGAAUAUAAAUAUGAAAAUGGUAAAUACAAAACUUUCUUUCUUUUUAACUAUCCUAUAUUUUCCUUUAAAAGGCUUUUUAAAGGUUCUAAAAAUAAUAUGGGUGGAAAAGGAUACCAAAUUAGUGAUAGCAUACAUAUGAACAGGGAAGCAAAUUACACAAUUAAUAAAAACAGUUGUGAUAAUAAUAAUAAAAACAGUUGUGAUAAUAAUAAUAAAAACAAUUGUGAUAAUAAUAAUAAAAACAAUUGUGAUAAUAAUAAUAAAAACAAUUGUGAUAAUAAUAAUAAAAACAAUUGUGAUAAUAAUAAUAAAAACAAUUGUGAUAAUAAUAAUACAAACAAUUGUGAUAAUAAUAAUAUUCAUAGUUUUAAUUAUAAAUGGGAAGGAUUUAUUAGAAAAUCCGUUAUAUCUUCCUUUUUUUAUGGUUUUCAGAAACCAUAUAAAACGCUUCAAAGUGUUAAGGAAUUUUUCACACGAAGGAAAGAUAAUGUAAAUAAAAAAAGUAAACAAGUUUUAAUACAAGAUAUAAAAUCUUUAGAAUAUAUGAUAAAGAAAUUAUAUUUCUUAUUAGAUGAUGUUAUUAAAGAACAGAUACGCAUAAAUCAAAGUACAACAUUUUGUGGUAUACUUUUAUAUAUACUAGGUAUUAUAAUGUCUAUAUUAUGUGUAUAUAAAAUUAUAAAAACCUGUUAUAUCAUAUAUAUGAUAGAAAUACAUUAUAAAUUUAUUUCAACAUAUAGUAGUGGGCAUGUAUUAAUGUUAUUUUAUUCAAAAAAUAUGAACAUCUCUAUUAUUAACGAAUUAAAAAAUGUUCUACAUAUUGUUCAUAUAAAUAUUAAUCUAGAUAAUUAUGUUAUCUCUAUUACAUCCAUAUUAUUAUUAUGUUUCAUAUUUACUAAUCUUAAAACAUUUAUGGAAAAAAUUAUAAAACUAAGAUAUUCAACAAAAUCAUCUUUAUAUUCAAAUCUAGCCAUUCUGUUAAUGUGUGAAAUUAUGGAUUUAUAUUUCUCAGCUUAUUGUAUACAAUUAUUUGAUUAUCUACCUAUUAAGGAAAAAAUUAAAAUGUUAUAUAUAUUCUUUAAUAAUAACUUAUUAAAUUUAUUUAAAUUGAAAUAUCAUUUUGAUUUUGUUUAUGUCAUAUCAUUAUUCAUUUCUUUAAUUCUGCUUAAAUUUCAUCACAAGAACAAGUCUGAUCAAUUUAAGGAAAUAUAA